AUGAUCAUUAAAGAAUACCGAAUCGUUUUGCCACUGACUGUUGAAGAAUAUCAAGUUGGACAAUUGUGGUCUGUGGCUGAGGCAAGUAAAAACGAAACGGGUGGAGGAGAAGGUGUUGAGGUGUUAAAAAACGAGCCUUACUCGGGUGUUCCUCUUCACAAUGGAAAAUAUAGCGAGGGUCAAUAUACUCAUAAGAUCUACCAUCUUCAAUCAAAAGUGCCAUCUCUUGUUCGCCGAGUUGCACCAAAAGGAUCAUUGGCUAUUCACGAAGAAGCAUGGAAUGCGUAUCCAUAUUGCAGAACUGUCCUCACGAAUCCUGAUUAUAUGAAAGAUGCUUUUUUUGUGAAAAUUGAGACAAUUCAUUUGCCUGAUCGGGGUGAAACUGAAAAUGCGCAUAGCUUGCCAUCUGAUGUGUUGGCAAAACGAGAAGUUGUGCAUCUUGACAUUGCAAAUGAUAAAGAGCAUUUGGCCAGCGGUGAUAUUAAACCCGAUACGAGUCCAAAUCAAUUCAAAUCAAAGAAAACUGGUCGAGGUCCACUUCUUCCUGGUUGGAAAGGCUCUGCUCAGCCGGUUAUGUGUGCUUACAAAUUGGUCACGGUUCAUUUCAAAUGGUUUGGCUUCCAAACAAUGAUUGAGAAGUUUACACACACGCAAUAUCCUCGUCUUUUCUCGAAAUUCCAUCGAGAGGUCUUUUGCUGGAUUGACAAUUGGCAUGGUUUGACAAUGGCUGACAUCAGAGAAAUCGAAGAUCGAGCACAACAAGAUCUGGAAGAACAACGGAGAAAUGGAGCAACUAAACUGCAAAUGCAAUCGGAAGAACAUGACGGAGAUAGUUUUUCCGAUCCACAAAAAGUACUUCAGCUUUGUAAACGUUUGGUGUUACCCAAGACAGGACAUGAUCCAGACAAAGAGAUAGGACACUGUAUAGAGAUGUGCAACGAGUUUAAACGAAACAUGAAUCCUCCAUAUCGAGGAGUUGUAGCCGAUCUUAACGUUCUCAAGAAGGAGGAACAAUAUCUGUCGAGAUUUGGCUGUGAAUUGCUUGGAGCUACUGAGUUGUUGAUGAGUCAGCAUAGAGCCAUGAUCAAGGAAGGUCUCGCUAAAAAGUUACCACUUCCACAGCCGUCAACGCUUCCUCCUGAAGAAUAUAAAGAGCGACUAAAGUCGAGUCUUGCAAUUUAUGCGUCGGCUUUCUGCUAUGAGAUCGAUGUUCAAGAAAAUCGUUUGAAUGAGUUGAAAAAGGCAGCCACUAUUGCAGCCUUUGAACGAAAGUUGAUGAUGGCUUUGACGAAAAAGCAAGAAGAUGAGGCAAUGGGCAAAGAAAGCAAAGCAAUCGAUCCUAAAGCUUUAGCCAAAGAAGCCUAUGCGGAGAUUUACGGCCUA